AUGUCAGCGCAGGAUGCUCCCAGCUGGAAGAUUGAGCCCAAUCCCUACCCUAAAGCUCGUCGUGACGACAAGGCUUCCUUGACGUACAAGUCGGCUGCCAAGGGCUCCGUCACCGUUCCCGAGCCCUACAUCUGGCUUGAGCAGCCUCCUUCGCAGUCGCAAGAGACCAAAGACUGGGUACACGCGCAGGCAAAGCUGACGCAAAGCUACCUCGAUGGCUGUCAACCCGAUCUCGAUAUCCUCAAGUCUCGAAUCGAGAAGAACUUUGACUUUGCUCGUUUCUCCUGCCCUUCGCUCAAAGGCGACGGCAAGUACUAUUACAGCUUCAACUCGGGUCUUUCGCCUCAGUCGCUCAUCUACACCGCCAGCAAGCAACAAGUAGACAGCAAUGCAGGCAAGAACCAGCGCGACCCCAUCGGCGACAUAUUCUUCGACUCCAAUCUGCUCAGUGCUGAUGGCACCGUGGCGCUGAGUUUCACCACAUUCUCGCAUUCGGGCAAGUACUUCGUCUACGGUAUCAGCAAAAGUGGAAGCGAUUGGGUCGAGAUCUUUAUCAGAGAGACAGCUAAGCCGUUCAAGCUGGAGGACGCUCACUACAAUUCCAACGGCACCAUCAAGUUGUCCAAGGACGAGCUGGCAAACUACGUCGACGCCACCGGCGGUAAGGACCGUCUGGAGGACAGACUGGAGAACGUCAAGUUUUCGGGGGCCGCUUUUACCCACGAUGACAACGGGCUGUUCUACCAGACCUACCCUACAGCGUCCGUGACCGACAAAGGCACAGAGACCGAUGCCAACAAGGACGCUCAGCUCUGGUACCAUCGAGUCGGCACUUCCCAGUCGGAGGACGUGCUGGUCGUCAGCAAAGACUUGAAGGUGCCCGAAUCCAUGUGGAGCACAAACGUCUCGCACGAUGGCAACUAUCUCAUGCUCUACAACAGCAGGGACACCGACACAAAGGAACGAGUCUACGUGCUGCCGCUGCAGGACCAAGGUCUCACAGCUAGCAAAGAACUCAAGUGGAUCCCGCUUGCCCUCUCGUUCAAAUAUGUCCUCAACUAUGUGACCAACAAGGGCAACCGCUUCUACUUUAUGACCAACAAAGACGCGCCCAACUCCCGGUUCGUCUCGGUCGACAUCGACCCGGCCAAGCAGGCACAGCAGACCAGCAAUGUGUGGGAGCUCACCGGUAACGAUGUUGAGCUUACCGAUGUCAUUGCCGAGGAAAAUGAUGCACUACUCUCAUCGGUACAGGUGAUCGACCACAACAAGUUGCUAGUGGUCUACUCGCGCGAUGUCAAGGACGAGCUGUACCAGUACGAGCUCGAGUCAGGAAAGCGUGUCGAGAGGCUGUUGCCGGAUCUCGUAGGUACGAUCCAGCAGAUUGCUGCUCGACACAGCGACGAUCAUGCCUUUGUGCAGUUCGGCUCGUUUGUCAACCCGGGUCAAGUUGUGCGUUUGGACUGGCCGACGAAGUCGUCAGCCAGUACGACCAAGGCGAAGCAGACCGCCUAUUACGACACGCAGGUACAGGGCAUCAAAGCCGAGGACUUUGUGUCAGAGCAGGUGUUCAUCGAGUCUAAGGACGGUACACGCGUGCCCAUGUUCGUCACGCAUCCCAAGACCGUGACCAAGGACGGGACUGCCCCUGCUAUCCUGUACUUCUACGGAGGUUUCAACAUUCCUAUCACUCCGGUGUUUUCGCCCUCCAUGAUGUCGUGGAUCUCUUCCUACAAUGGAGUGCUGGCGUUUGUCAACUGUCGCGGCGGUGGAGAGUACGGCGACAAGUGGCACGAAGCGGGCACGUUGCUCAACAAGCAGAAUGUAUUUGACGAUGCUCUGUCCGCCGCCAAAUACCUUCACGAGAGCGGAUAUGCCGCCAAGGGCAAGGUCAUUCUUUCUGGAGGGUCCAACGGCGGCCUGGGUGUUGCCGCGUGCAUCAACCAGCAGCUUCCCGAACACGGUAUUGGAGCUGGCAUUGCGGAUGUCGGAGUGAUGGACAUGCUCAAGUUCCACACAUGGACGAUCGGUAAAGCGUGGACCGCCGACUACGGUAAUCCUUCGGAGGAUCCCGAGAUCUUUGACUACGUGUACAAGUACUCGCCAUUGCACAACGUGGACGAGAACAAGGUAUAUCCGACGACGGUGCUGGCGUGCGCGGAUCACGAUGACAGGGUGGUACCUGCUCACUCGUUCAAGUUGAUGGCCGAGAUGCAGCAUAAGCUGGCCAAGAACCCCAACCCGCUGUUGCUCAGAGUGGAGAUCGAUGCAGGACAUGGAGCGGGAAAGAGUACGCAGAAGAGGAUCCAGGAGGCAGCGGAGAAGUACGCGAUUGUCGGCAGGGCGUUGGGACUCAAGAUUCGGGAGGAAGGCAGCAGCAGGCUGUAA